AUUGGAGGCCAGUGUAAUUGUAAGAGACAUGUGUCUGGCAGACAAUGCAAUCAGUGCCAGGAAGGAUUCUACAAUCUACAACAGGCAAACCCUGAUGGCUGCAGUCCCUGUAACUGUAAUACCUCUGGGACAGUCAAUGGAGAUAUUACCUGUCACCAAAAUUCAGGCCAGUGCAAGUGCAAAGCAAAUGUUAUUGGUCUUAGGUGUGAUACUUGCAAUUUUCGAUUUAAAGCUCUCAGAUAUUCUAAUGAAGAUGGAUGUGAGCCUUGUUGGUGCAACAGCCAUGGCUCAGUGAACCAAUUCUGCAACCCUCUCUCCGGGCAGUGCAAUUGUAAAGAACGAGUGAAAGGGCUUCACUGUGACACCUGCAUGGACAACUUUUAUGGGCUGGAUGUAACUGGUUGUAAGGCUUGUGAAUGUAACGUCGCAGGGUCAUUUUCUGGAACCGUGUGCGAUGCGAAGACAGGGCAGUGUGCGUGUAAACCAAAUAUCGGAGGGAGACAAUGCAACGAAUGCCUAGAUGGCUACCACAAAAUACAGGAAAAUCAUUCCUUUAUUUGCCUGCCAUGUGACUGUGAUAAGGCAGGCACAGUAAAUGGCUCUCUGCUUUGUGACAAAUCAACAGGGCAGUGUCCUUGCAAAGCUGGUGUAACUGGCCGUCAGUGCAGCCAGUGCGUGCUUCAUACGUACAACCUCAGCGUGAGUGACCGCCUCGGCUGCCAGCGUUGCGACUGCGACUCUCUGGGCACAUUGGCAGGAACAGUUUGUGACCACGUUUCUGGACAGUGUGUCUGCUUGCCUCAGCGCCAGGGGAGAAGGUGUGAUGAGUGUAAAGCAGGUUUUUAUUUUUCUCCAUCCAGUGUCACUGGCUGUCUGCCCUGCCUGUGCCACAGAACUGGUUCAGUGAAUCAGAUCUGUGAUAAGCUAACUGGUCAAUGCAUUUGCAAAGAUGCCUCUGUAACAGGACAGACGUGUGAGCGUUGCAAAGAUCUUUAUUUUGGAUUUGACUCUGUCACAGGGAGAUGUCAGCAUUGUAAUUGUCAUCCUGCAGGAGCCAUUAGUGGGACUUGUCAUCUUGUUACUGGACAGUGUGUUUGUAAACAAUUUGUAACUGGCUUGAAAUGUGACAACUGUGUUCCCGAUGCUAGUAAUUUGGAUGUCCACAACCUAUUUGGCUGCAGUAAAACUCCAUUCCAGCAACCUCCUCCUACAGGAGAAGUUCUCAAUUCCAGUGUUAUCAGUCUUUCGUGGAGUUCCCCUGACUCUCCAAAUUCUAACAGGCUUAGGUACCAGCUGUAUAGGGAUGAGGCUGAAAUUUAUACCACUGAAGACUACUACCCUUAUAGUGUUCAGACCUUCACUGAUACCAUGUUAUCUCCAUAUACCUUCUAUUCCUAUUACAUCCAAGCCAGCAACGUCCAUGGUUUUACAAGAAGUGCCUCAGUGACAUAUAGAACAAAAUCUGGGAUGCCUACAGGAAUCUUGGAUUUAAGUCCUGCCUUGCCUGUUAGCCACCACUCUGUUUUACUUUACUGGACAAGCCCCUCCAAUGACUCUGGCCCCAUAGAGAAAUACAUUUUGACAUGUACUACCUUGGUUGAUCUUCAGCCUUGUGGUCAGUAUGAAGGCUUAAAAACUUCAGCAAUUAUUUGGAAUCUCGUUCCAUUUACAAAGUAUGUUUUUUCUGUGCAAGCUUGUACCAGUGGAGGUUGCUUAAAGAGCCAACCGGUAACCGUAAUUACUGCACAAGCUCCUCCAGAAGGGCUACACCCACCAAUAAUACAAACCAUCAGCUCUACAGAACUGGCUGUGGAAUGGUCAUCACCUGAGAAACCAAAUGGCAUAAUUAUAAGAUAUGAACUCUACAUGAGAAAAAAAUUAAAGCCAGCUGGGAACUUUCUUCCUCCUGAAAUUCGUAUUUUCCAAAGCAGUGGAUGGCUCAGUCCUCAACCAGUUAUGGAGUCUCCUAAUGAAAAUGCACUGGCUCCACCACAGACUAGUACUAUAGUCACUGAUCUGGAGCCAUUCACAGAGUAUGAAUUCUAUGUGCUAGCAGUAAACAUGGCAGGUAGCAUAUCUUCAGACUGGAUAUCAGGACAAACAGGAGAGGCUGCCCCAGUGUUUAUGCCAUCUCCAUCAGUAUUCCCUCUUUCACCAUAUUCCCUAAACGUUUCAUGGGAAAAACCUGAAGAAGAUUUAGCAAGAGGAGAAGUGAUGGGAUAUAGCAUCAGUUUGAUGACUGAACAAAUGUUCUUGCCACCAUUUUCCCAGGUUUUGCAUAUAGCUGAGGCUCAUGAGCUAUCCUAUGUAGUGACGGGAUUAAAACCUUACAGGACGUACAACUUUACUGUUACUCUCUGCAAUCAAAUUGGUUGCGUAACCAGUGAGCCAGGCACGGGGCAAACGUUAGCAGCUGCUCCAAGAAAACUUAGUGCCCCUCGUCUUGAAGGAAUAAACAGCACAACGAUAAAGAUAAAUUGGAAUGAACCUGAAGAACUUAAUGGGCCUUCUCCCAUCUAUCAGGUGGAAAGGAUGGAUUCAUCUUUAGCUACAUUGAGUACAGAAGUAAUGAAAGGCAUCCGUUUCCCAGGAAAUGGAUAUUACAGAUUUGCUAGUUCCACUCUCCCCACCAAUACUUACUUUACAGGUAAAUGUUUUUAA